GCUAUACAACCAGAGGUACUUCCAUACAAAGAUAGUACUGCUAUACAACCAGAGGUACUGCCAUACAAAGAGAGGUACUGCCAUACAGAGCUAUUUUUAUACAAAGGGAGUACUGCUAUACAAACAGAGGUACUGCUAUACAACCAGAGGUACUGCCAUACAAACGUGCUACAGAGGUACGGUAUUCCCCACUCAUAGAUCUUUUCUCUCCCCCAUGGUAUUGCCCUCUGUUCACACUGAGCUUGUGGACGUGUCCAGUAGUGUAGAUGCGCCGUGCCGCUUUCUCUACAAGAAAGAAAACCAGCAGCCCUCAGGCAGCUUCAAGCUCAGAGGCAUGAGUAGAGUCAUCACGCGUAAGAUCGAGCAGGCGCGCGCCCUCGGCAGAGAUGUCCAUGUGUUUUCUUCCAGUGGCGGCAAUGCUGGCUUGGCCGCUGCUUAUGCCAGCGAGUUCCACGGCGUUCCGUGCACAGUAGCAUUGCCCGUAACUUCAAAGCAAACGGCCAUAGAUAAGUUGAAAGACUUGCGGGCCGAGGUGGUGGUCCACGGGGCCCACUGGGGUGAGGCCGAUACUUACCUCACCAAGGUCAUCAUUGCCGAUUUGCCUCCUCUGGUUACCCCCGUAUACUGCCAUCCUUUUGAGAACGACGACCUCUGGGAUGGACACGCAGAAAUGGUGGACGAGAUUCCCGGCCAGCUUCGGGACUUGCAAAUCGAGGCUUCUAAAGUCAAAGGCAUUGUGUGCAGCUGCGGCGGCGGCGGGCUCUACAACGGAAUUGUCUCGGGCCUCCAGCGAAACCAGUCGUUGCUGGCAGUCCCUGUUUUGGUGAUUGAAACCAAGCAAACGCCGUCGUUCAAAUCGGCUGUGGAGGCCGGGAAAGUCGUCACCCUUUCCAAAAUAUACACGCUUGCCACGUCGUUGGCGGCCCCCUACAUUGCACAACGCACGCUUGACAAUUACUCCUUGCAUCCUACCACCGUGGAGUUGCUUGAAGACUUGGAGGCGGUGGAAGCCACCGUCGCACACUACGAUAAGUUCCGGGAAUUGAUCGAGCCUGCCUGUGGUGCGACCGUCGCCGUCUCGACGAAAAGAAAGGACUUGUUGAAAGCGUUCGGCGCGCUUGCCCCCGAGGACGUGGUGAUCUUCAUUGUCUGCGGCGGCUCCACAGUCUCGCCUGAAACGAUGGAAAGCUACAGGGAGCUUCUUGCUCUAAAGUAGAACAUGGGCACUAGAAUGUGUGGGUGCACAUGUAUAAACAUGUAUUCCAUAAGGUUUCCCGUUGAAUGGAUUCUUCUAAAUUUAUUAGUCUCAAACUCCUGGGUCAUCGAGAAAAGCCAAGAUACCUGAAUGGGAUAGCUGGAAAUUGGGGAGAAUAAUGCUGCGUGCUUGGGUCACGAUCAAACUGCUAGGAUGUAGUAAUUAUUGGUGACACUUGCACUAACACUUGCGGUGUCUGAUGUCUGGCGACUCUUGACUGUGAAUGUUCCGCUACUAUUACAGCUUGAGUGACCGAAAACUUCUGGUUGGAUACAAGGAAAGAGAGACGGAGGAAGAAAAAGAGUGAUUUGCUGAAUCAACAUGCCUUUAGAAAAUUGCAGUAUUCUUUUUAAGUUAGAAAACAAAGAAAAUUGAAGCCCUAGACGGGAUAGU